CAGGAAGUUACCAAAAUGCUGAAAAACAUUACAAGAAGUUAUUCUACAGCCCGACCUCGAGUUGGUAUUCUUAUGCUAAAUCUUGGUGGACCAGAAACUUCAGCAGCAGUACAUCCAUUUUUGUUGCGACUUUUCUCAGAUAGAGAUCUAAUUCCUCUCCCAUUCUUGCAAGGUGGAAAAACCAAUCUUCUUCCAAGGUUUAUUGCUAAAAGGAGAACCCCAAAGAUUAUUGAACAGUACAAUAAAAUUGGAGGAGGUUCCCCAAUUAAAAUGUGGACUGAGGAGCAAGGUAAUGCUAUGGUUGAACGUGUAUCUGAGCUUUGUCCUGAAUUAGAUGUAAAGAAUUAUACUGGAUUCCGAUACGCUGAACCACUAACAGAAGAUGCAAUGGACCAGAUGGAGGCUGAUGGUAUUGAGCAUUGUGUGGCAUUUACUCAGUACCCCCAAUACAGCUGCUCAACCUCUGGUAGCAGCUUUAAUGGAAUGUAUAGACACAUAAUUAAGCGUCAAAAGGAGGGUAAACCAAUGAACAUGACUUUUUCAGCAAUUGAUAGAUGGGCUACUCAUCCACUUCUUGUGAAAUCUUUUGCUGAACUUAUCAACAAGCAGCUUGAUGAAGUAGACCCCAAAGAUAGACACAAAGUUGUUUUACUGUUUUCAGCUCAUUCCUUACCUAUGUCAGUGGUUAACAGAGGAGAUCCAUAUCCCCAAGAGGUUGCAGCCACUGUGGAGCAUGUCAUGAAAGCUCUUAACUACUCAAAUCCCUACAGAUUAGUGUGGCAGAGUAAAGUUGGGCCCUCUGAAUGGUUGGGUGUUCCUACUGAUGAUGCUAUCAAGGGUUUGAUAAAAAAUGGCAACAAACAUCUCAUGAUGGUGCCCAUCGCUUUCACUUCAGAUCACAUUGAAACCUUGUAUGAAAUGGAUAUAGAAUAUGGUGAAGAUAUGCGAAAUGAGUUUCCAGAUGCAAAUAUCAUGCGGUGUGAGUCUCUAAACAUGCAUUCCACCUUCAUUGAGUGUUUGACAGAACUAGUUGCUGACCACCUCAAGUCAGAUGGAAUGACAAUUCCUCAGAUGGCUCUUCGAUGUCCCAUGUGCGUUAACCCUACUUGUGGUCCCAUGAGAGGCUUCUUUUCUUCCAGAAAACUUCCUCAAAGCAUUGUUGAAUGUUGUAAAUCAGAAGAGGAAGGGCCGAUAAAGUCAUUUGGAUAGAGUAAGCUUUGUAAUCAUCAUAGUAAAUGUAAAGAUUAAGUACCUUUCUUAGUUUAUUUAAGUUAAGUUAAAUUUCAUUUUUAAGUGGAGUUGUCCGACUGUGAUCCUCAGGAUAACCUCUAUUAUCUAAAAGAAUCUUGUUGUAUUUAUGUUAUCAAGCAACUAGGGCCUGUUGAGAAAUCUCAAGUAAAAUUGUGCUACUUACCUUCCUGUGUCGUAUGAAUCAUGCAUCAGCAUUUUGUACAAAUCCGAAAAUUGUCUCAUUUCAAUUUUUUGAAGGGCGCACCUAUUGUCUAGAGAUUAUUACCAGAUUCGAUAACUUCACUGAUAUACAAUCCCUUGUUAAGCCAACUAAGAGGUUCAGACGAGCUGCUAAAAUAUUGAUCUGCACAUUUAAAACAUUAAACAAUUUAUACAAGAUGACGAUGCAUUUUACAUGAUGGUUAGUACUAUCUGAUUCAGGUUGAAACAAUUCUAUCUGAGAUAUCAUAACAGGUCCUAUGAAUGGAGCCUAG